CAACCAGGGGAAUAUCAGAUAUAGAAUUGUGCAGAGAAAUGUCACUAUUCAUUUGGUUAAUGUUUGUUUGCACGUAAAUUGUGCACUUGUUACUCUCGUUUAUUCAUCGUGUUAUUAUUUCACAAAAAAUAAGUUAACGCGGGCAGCAUGGAAAUGGCAGCUACACCCAGAGCAGAGGGACCUCCAGAGGAUACAAUCAGGACAAUUGGAUGUGCUCAUUAUAAAAGAAAAUCAAAAUUCGUGACUCCCUGCUGUAACAAAGUCUACACAUGUCGUUUUUGCCAUGACGAUGUGGAGGAUCAUACAGUGAACAGAAAAGAAGUUACCGAAUUAAUAUGCACCCUUUGUGAAACGAGGCAACCAGUACAAGCGGAAUGCCAGAAAUGCGGAAUUAGAUUCGGAAAGUACACCUGUUUGGAAUGCAAUUUGUUUGACGAUGUCGACAAGAAUCAGUACCACUGCUCUGGGUGUGGAAUCUGCAGAAUCGGUGGAUCGGACAGAUUCUUCCACUGCGAAAGAUGCAACAUGUGCCUACCAAUACAACUGCAGAAUGGUCACAAGUGCGUUGAGAAUGUUUCACGCGCAAAUUGUCCCGUUUGUAUAGAGGACAUACACACUUCGCGUAUUCCAUGCCAUAUACCAGUUUGUGGACAUUUACUUCACAGGACAUGCUUCGAGCAGCUGCUGAAAGCUGGCCAUUAUGCCUGUCCGAUUUGUCAAACGUCGUUGAUGGACAUGACUGACUUAUGGACGUAUUUGGACAAUGAAGUCGCCCAUACACCCAUGCCCAGGGAAUAUGACCAUUACAUCGCCGAAAUUCUAUGCAAAGACUGCCAUAAGGAGUGUACUAUAAAAUUCCACGUUGUUGGAUUGAAAUGCGCUCAUUGUGGAUCCUACAAUACUUGCAGAGUUAAAGGACGCGCGAAUCCAGUACCACCAGGUAACAUUGAAAGGCCCAGACCAUCCGGUAAUUCCGAAGGCAACAGCAACGGGGAAAGCGACAGUAGUUCCCAAUUACCGAGUAGUAACAACACAUAAACUGCACAUAACGCCAAUAUCUAUUUAUUCUAUAUGUAUUAUUGAACAAGUAUUUGUGCGAUGGCUUGUAAAUACCAUAGAAUAUUAUAUAUAUAGUUAUAUAUAAAUAUCUUCAUGCUGCUAGGAUUGUUGUUUUCACUACAUAUAUUGUUUUUAUAUAGUACAGACAUAUGUGCAUCACGUUAUGUGUUUCAAAUUAUACGUUUUAAAAUUAAUUACGAAGCAUGCAAACAAACAAACAAUCUUUUAAAAUGUGAAGUUUUACGAUUUCUGUUUUGUAGUUCAUUAUUUAUUUGCAAAUCAUGAAUUUAUGGCGUUAAGAGAUACAUGAUAAUAGUGUAGUUUUUAAUCUCUUGAAUUUAGGAACAACAAAUGUGAUUUUUAAAUAUCUAUAAGUGUAUAUUAGUAUACAUAUAUAUAGUUUAUAGUUAGGUAAUUUACUUUUUUGAAAUUGUAAUGAUUGGGCCACGAUUUUGGAAUUUAUCUCUAUUACUGGUAGGAAAAGAGAUAUUAGAAAGUGGAGUGUAUACGCGAAAAAGCACAAAUGUUGCCAAAUUUUUUAUCUGGCCUGGUACCUUAAGUACUCGAAGAAAAUGUAUUUUUUUAAUUAUAUUACAUAUACAGCUAAUUUUGUUAUUAUGGUUAU